AUGCGAAUUUUAAUAAUUAAUUGCUAUGAUAACAAAGACCUUGAAAAAUUUUAACAUUUCCAAUUUCAUGUCAUGAAAGUAUAAUAACAAACUUAAAUAGUAUUUAGCAGAAUAGAAAGAGCUUAUAGAUACAGAAAAUGAGUUUUAUGUUAGAAAUAGAGAUACAAUUGAAGAUUUUCUAUAUGAAGUAGAGAGUUCUUAUGUGAAAAAGGAAGCAGCUCUUAAAUUUGAUUAACUUGAUGUGAUAUUUAUUAUUGGUGAUUGUCAUACAAGACCUUGGGCUGGUCAUAUGGGUAUUUAUUUUAGGAUUACAGUUAGCAAAAAUAUUAGUUUUAUUGAGGAUGUGCCUAAGAGUAUAAAAGUUAUUGUUUGCUUCAGGAUUUGCAAUGUAAGCUUUAGUAUAUUUAUCAGCAUCAAAUAUUGAAAGAGUAAUCAUAUGUUAUUAUAAAAGCCAAUAAACCUAAUCAAUCAAAAUGGGGGAAAAUUAUCAGAUUUAAGAGAAUUAAAAAUCUAAAUUCAGCAAAGCGAUAUGUUUUUAGAAAAUACUUCAGGGGAUUUAUAUGUUUUUAAUUAUGAAACCUCUGAAUGGAUUCCAAAAUUAAAUGUGGGUAUUCAUUUAAGAAGUGCAGCAUAAGAAUUUUAAUCUAUAGGAAAAUAUGUUGUAAAAGCUCCCAUUUAUAAACCAAAAUAAAUGGGGUCAUUUAUAAGUAAAAAUAAAAACACCGAAACAGUGGUUUCUAUAAGAAAUGUUUAUUUGUAGCAUUGGGUAUAAUAUAAAUAAAUUCAAAAAAGGCUUUUAAAGAUAUAGAAUCUCGAUUUUUGGCACCAUUAUUGAAUAGAUGGGAUGUUCACAAUUUCUAAUUCAAUAAUUCAGAAAAAAAAUUUAUUUGUCUUGCAGAAAGUGAUGAAGGACCAUCAAUUAUUGAGUAUCCAAAAGCUUUAGCUUGUAUGUUUGAAAUAGAUACAAAAUACCCUUUUACGAAUACAUUACUCAAAAAUUUUGUUUAAUAUGCUAUGUACAAUAUCAAAAUUUCUAAGUAAGAAUAUUUUUAACAUAUUUAAGUUCUUCAAAACCUUUCGAUUCAAUUGAAAAUUAUCACAAAGUUAAUAGUAAAAGUUCAUCAAUUUUAGAUCUUUUGAAAAACAAUAAUCAUUAGAGUUAAAAAAAAACAACUCUCGAAUUAAUGUAAAUUAGAGGCAAGAAUGGUAUAGCAUCUCAUAGUCAAUAAAAAUUAACAUAUGCAUAAGAUGAAUAGAAAUUAGAAUCGAUGUAACAUAGUCUAAAAAGAAGAAGCAGCAUAGCUCAUGUUGGAUUUACAUUAAAUAAAAAUGUUCCUAUUAAAACAGUAGAAGUAAAUGCUGUUGGAAAAAGAAGGAUUAAAUACUAAUAAGCUAUAUAACAUUAAAGAAAGAUAAGUGCUGAUGAUAUAUAUUAAAAAUCAUAAAGAGACAGCGAAGAUGAUAUUUUUAAUGAACCAUAAAUAAUAUAGAAAACCUAAACAUUAAAAACACCGAGUAAAUCAGUAAUAAGAAAAAUGUUGCAUCCAGACAUUUCUAAAUCUUGUUUAGAAGUAAAAGAAAUCUGGAUUCCAGGACAUUUAUCUGAAAAUUAAAAAACUUUAGAUGAAAAAAGAAUAUCUAAGUUUGGAGGAUCUUUUCAAUCAAAUAAUCCAAUUUAAAAUACAUUAAGAAAGAGAUGGAUUUGA